CCUGCCUUCAAGGUGACUCAUAAAACUCGUAUAUGUUCACCUUUUCGAUCGAAAAAUGCAAAGGGCAUCCGUUUUGGACAACCCGUGCACGUGCGUGAAGGUGCCCGUGCGCGCGCGUGCCCGAGGGAGUGCGCGCGUGCUGCUUCCUCGCGCGCACUUGUGACGCUUCGACGUCACAAGCGCAGCCAACACCGGCGGGCUCGGUCGGUCCCCGUCCUGGAGUCGGUCCGCGGGAUUCACACUUGCGGCUUAUGUGACGCUCGGGCACGCGCAUGUGGACCGGAGAGUGACCCGGGCACCGUCACGCGUUCUGUUCUUCCUCUCCGCGGAAAUAUUCUCAGCAGUGGAAGGACGGUUGCACGUUUCGUUUGGACACCAUGACGGACGCAAAGUGCCUUCUGAAAACACCGAGUAACUUCCAGUCAUCUGCCAUGUUGGAAGACUCUGUGGAGGGAGACGCAGGCAGUACAGAAAGUGCAGUGGCCUCUACAAUCAGUGCUAGUAAGAAGGUUCUGUGCAGUAACAGUGCGCUGGACUCAUCAGACUACUGGCUGAGGAAUGACAAAGCUUUGUGCAGACUGGGCUUGCUGGACGACAACGCAGACGGCAGCGGCACCACGAUGUUUUUUGUGAAUCUGGAUCCACAGAAAACCGAUUGUCGAGAUGACAAAUCCAUUAAGAAACUGGCGCAAGUCUCGCCAGAGCUGCCGAAGCUUGUUGACUUGCUAACUGCUCACCAACCAAAAGAAAAUGAGAUCAUCUUCCUCAACGGACUCGAGGCAUCUGGCGCUUGCCAAAAGCGCCCAACAGCCCCUUCUAAGCAGCCGAAAAGUACAGGUGUGUGCCUGCUUCAGAGUUCAGGGAAGAGGCGCUUCAUCCCAGCAAGCAGUAUCAUCUUUGAGAUCAACAGGUUCCUCGCAGGUUUCCAGUGGGGGAAAGAAAGACAGCUUCAUCCAUGGCAAAUCGGACAGCGGGUUGAUGAUGACACCAAUCGUUCGGUGUCAUCCAUCGAGGAAGACUUCUUAACGGCUUCAGAACACAUGGGAGAUGACAGCGAGGAUGACGCUUCUAGAAAUGAGGCUGAGUUUCGUGAACAGGCAGAGAGGUUGGUACAGGUUGCACAGAAACACAGCGCUAGUGUCACAAGUCAGAGGGGACAGCUGGCUCACCAUCCCAGCAGGGAGGAUGCGGGGCUGAAAAGGGAAGCACAUCAGCGGGUCAGCCUCCACACACAGGAAUCAGCUGGUCACUACGCCAGCAAUCUGGCAGAGUCGGUACUGCAAGAUGCCUUCAUACGCCUUUCUCAAGAUGAAAACUCUUUUGUCUCCGAAGCCGCAGUCAGUGUGUCACACUCUCGAUGCCACUCCAACACUCCACCGUCACAGAGAAAACAGCCAUCCCAACAGCACACCUACUCUUUUGAACUCCCCAAAAUUGUUAUAGUUCAAAGUCCAGACAGUACAGAUGGAACUGCAGAGUGGCCAGAGCCUCAGGUGUCAAAUGUGUCUGAGCAGGAAAUCACUGCUAAAGACAUUGAGGUGCCCGAAACCAAACCCCACAUCCCUCACCACAAUGGAGGACUCCCAUCUAAACCUGUAGAGUUGGCUUUGGCCUGUGCCGCCAAUGUUAUUGGCACCAUAACUUCCCCACGGCUAGCUGGACAUAUCGCCAAGGAUUCAACUUCAGAAGAAGACACAGAAGAGGAACUAGAAAAACCAGAGGAGAAAGGUGAUUACUCCAUCUCCUCAGCCAUGUGUGCUAUGGCUCAGGUUGCCGGCGCUGUUGCAGCGUUGGAGCUGGCAGAGAAAUCAGCGGAGCGCAGCAAUAAUGACGCAGAUUUGAGUGCAGUCUUCACGACAUCACAGGGCUUGAUAUCUGCUGCCCAAACAUCUGCAGCCUUCACGUUACACUGUAGUGUUGCAGAAGGUACUAGUGUUGAAGCAUUCCGUGCAAACAUUGCUGAGGUCCUUCAUAGGGAAGCGGCCGAGGUGCUGACUUAUCCCCACGGCUACCGGAGUGUAGCUGACCUUCUGGAAUCAACACACAGCAAGAUCGUUGAUGGCAUCACUUGCCCGAAAAAAUCCUACAUUCAAGAAAGAGAUGUGGGAGAAUUAAUCAGUGAGGUGUCCGACAGUCUAUUUAAGCAUGCUUUAGAAAAAGCCAAAAGGAAAAAAGAACUGGAGGGGACUGGGAAAGAUGCACCAAGCCUCCGGGUUCUCCUGCAGGACAAUGUAAACAAUUUGCUGUUCGAGAUUCUUUGUCAGGCACAGAAAAAGAUCAGCCAUAUAUCAUCAAUAAGUGAGAAAGGUUUGUUUGAGACACAGGACAUUGAUACAUGCUCCAAGGAGUGGACUCCUGCAAAGGGAAGCAAUGAUCCGUUAAGUCAGUUAGAGGGUUUAGGGUGUUAUAGGUCAUCUACUAACAUUGGCAAAUAUAAUGGAAUGUGCCAAAGCACUUGUAGGCUUCCGGGAAUUAGCACAAAUGUGCUUGAAGAAAGUGAUGUUAAUGCAUCUCCCAAUAAAUCUACCAGCAAACAGCAAACGCAGCACUCAUGUUGCGCACAGAGUCAGUCAAAGUCUACCGUACAUACAAAAGACUGGUCUGGCCCGCAGGACACAGCAGCUGUCAGAGUCCCCUUGAGUGAAAUCCCAGUUCAUGGCAAUGAGCGGCGGGGACGAUUUGUGACGCCAAAUGACAGCAGACAGUCCUCUCUCACCCCACAGUCUUCACUCAACUCUUGCAGUUCACUCUUCUCUUGGAGAAUGGACUCAGAGAGUAGGACACCGAUUACUUGCUAUGCUGAUGAUUUGGCUGCGACUGUGGUGUCUAUGGCCACAGAACUUGCUGCCAUAUGUCUUGAAAACUCCACUGGGAAGCAGCCCUGGUUCUGUGCCCUCAAAGGGGCAUCCACAGAGGGCCCAGAGGCUUUCUUGAUUCCUGCUUGCCGAACGGUUCUCAGAAGGAAAGAGGGUCACAACAACAACGUCACCUCGAAGAAACAUAGAGCGCCACGUCUCAGUGAGAUAAAAAAGAAAACAGAGGAGCAACCAGAAUUGAUGGAGCGUCUGGUGAACCGUGUGGUUGAUGAGUCGGUCAACCCCGAUGAACCGCAGGACUCAUUUGCCCUGUUUGCCUCAGAAGUCACUGCCAGGAUCAUGAACUGCCCUGAGCUUAAUGUGGUGGACACUUCCAAAUCAGGGCAGCCACGUAGCAGACUACAGUGUGAGAGGUGGAGCCGUGGAAAAGCCUCGAGUUAUGAAAGCAUACCAGAAGAAGACGCUGACCCCUCAGGUACACCAAACACCCUGGGCCCUGGCAGUCAUUUAGGCCAGAACCUGAGUCGUGGUAGCUCUAUUUCCAAGCAGUCAAGUUGCGAGAGCAUCACAGAUGAAUUUUCACGGUUCAUGGUAAACCAGAUGGAAACCGAGGGCAGAGGCUUUGACCUUCUCCUGGACUACUACGCGGGGAAAAAUGCCAGCAGCAUUCUGAGUGCAGCUGUGCAACAGGCUGCAUCCAAGAAAAAUGGUCACCUUAAUGUCAGAACUAUAUCCUGCCUGUCCAAACAGUCUAGCACCGAGAGCAUCACAGAGGAGUUCUACAGGUUCAUGCUCCGGGACAUGGACAAGGAAAACAAAGACCAUGGCAUUGCAAAGACGAAAGAGUGGAACAACAGCUUAUUCCCCCCGUCUUCCCGGACUCCCUUUUGUAUACGGCAGUCCUCAGUCCCAGACAGGCGCUCCUCAGAUUCAAGACUGACUGUCAGCUCACCCAUUAAAGCCAAUUCAUUUGAUGGGUUUGGCCGAAAUGUCCACGGGGACACACUGAAUAUCUACCCAACCAAUUCAGUGGCAGCAACAGGACUGUGCAAUUCGGACUCGUGUCUUUAUCGAAGAGGCAAGACUGACCACAUCACUGAUAUGCUGAUCCAUGACACCUGGUCUAGUUCUAUUGAGUCUUUGAUGCGUAAGAACAAGAUUAUUGUUGAUCCAGAGGACAGUAUUGACCUGGAGGCUGCAGGAGACCCCCAGCCUCACGUACAGCAGUUUGCCAACCGUCUGGCAGCUGACAUUGUGGAUAUUGGCAAGUCAUCUGCCGGAGAUCAGCAAGAUGUUAUCGAGGGCACAAGUGGAUCUCACAAACAAACGACGCCUGUGGGUGAGAGAAGGAGGGGGUUCAAACAAUCCCAUUUAAACUGUAGUCCGGCUGGGUCAAGCCAAGAACAAGCCGGGCUUCUGUCAGGUGUGGGUGACGUCGGUACACCUCGUAUGAGAGCCUCCAGAGAUGUGCCAGUAAUCCACAUUGAGGGGGAAAGCCACGAAAGGAGAGAUGGACCUCCACAGCGACCGCCAGAGAUGCCAGUCGCCAAGCGUACCGAGAGGACUACAGCCAGCGGCUUCAGGAAUGCGACCAGCAGCGGUUCGAGCGUCGAUCCUUUCGCUGAAGCGGCGUCUCAGCGCACAGAAAUUGGUGCAGAGUCAGAGAAAAGUGACCAAGCAGCAACCAAAGACAAUUACUUUGCCAGCGGCACAGUCCGGUUAGCAGGGGGCGACGGCACUCACGUCAGGGACCUCCUCGUGGUGAACUGCGACCUGGAAGCGGAAUGCUCGCACUCCGAGGUGACCGUGGUUCUGCAGUGGAUUGCAGCUUCCGAGCUGGGCCUUCCGGCUCUCUAUUUCAAGAAGUCCAAAGAAAAAAAGGCCGCCAAGUUCCAGAAGCUGGUCCAUCUGAUGUCCCAGAAGUCGUGGCGGAUCGCGGACUUGUUCAGCGCCGUCCUCGACUUCUGCAAACAGCGCGAGGGCAGCGAGGACGCGUCUGCGUGCAGCCUGUUUGACUGGCUCUUGGAAAUCCUGUGAAGUGGACUACGUCGUUUUUCCACCAGUGUGCGUACAAGUCUGCAUGCUCACUUCCACGCGCUUGACACUCGUCUUCACACCAAGUCUGCCCGCUUCCGAAGCUGAGGGCACAAAGUGAUCAGCCCGCUCGACAGAUGCCCGCCUCCCCCUACCUCCCUUUACUGCUGUCUCUCGCUAUUGUCCCUGGAAGUUUAGUUUUUUUCUGUCGCUGCUCACAUGCGCCCCAGGUCGGCCAUUGCUAUCGGGAGUGAACGAGCCAUGAAGAGAUUCGAACUAGCAGGUUUUAACUGCUCCUGGCUGUAUCGAUGUAUGUGCACUAUACAGUAUAUUUACAGAUUCUCACAAACAAACGAGGCGCCGCUUCAUUUGUUUUUUUCCCCAAAAAGUACCAAUGGAUCAGGUGCACAUUUUCAACUGUUCAUCAGGCUCCUUUAAAAAAAACAAACGUGGCUCUUAAGGUAAGAUUUUUGUCUCUCCACUGUACGCGUUGAUUUAAAGCUAAGAAAAUGCACAUUAUUGUAUUUGUUUUUGUAAGCCAAGCACCCUUGUUGUUACCUCAAAGUUUUAUGUGGAGUUGUAAUACGUCACUUGAGAACAGAUCUUAGAUUGUUGUCUUGUAUAUAUUGAUGCAUUCGGACCCCCAGCGCCUCAGAGAAGCGGUCCGAGUAAGAGUCCUAAUGUUGGAAUUUGUAGGUCAAGUCGGUGUGUUUAUUUCACGACUUUGUGGUACUCUUGUAUUAACAGAAGCACACAAUUCAUCUGUAAAGGUGUCAUUAUAUAAGUGAAUGUAUUUCUCUUUUGACAUCAAUAAAAAAAAAAAAGUUCUGUGA